AUGGCUGCCGCUGCCCGACGCAAACGUUGGGAAGAGCAUGACUUCUACGAUAUCUUGGGCGUGGCCUGUAAUGCAAGCCAAGAUGAAAUCAAGCGGGGCUUCAGGAAGAUUGCACUAACUUGCCAUCCUGACAAGGUGCGAGAGCAUGAGAAAGAGCUCGCCACGCAACGUUUCCAGCUCAUAGCAGAGGCAUACGAGGUUCUCUCAAAACCUGGCACGCGCCGAGAGUAUGAUGAGAUUCAUCAAAGCCAAGGUCAGGAAGUGAAAUUACCUGCGACCAAAGUUCAUAGCGCCAAGAGAAGUGACCAGCGCUGGCAACGCUGCAAGGGGUGCUUCGGCCGCUUUCAACAAAAGGAUUUGCGACGGUGCGCUCCAGCAUGCAGCCACCCAGUGUGUUUCAGUUGCGACUCUUGUUCUACAUGCAACAAGCAACCGGAGACAAAAGACUCCAAAGAGCACAGUUUCAUAAGAAGUGGCAUGACAUUUGUUGCUGCUUACGACGCCUGCGUCUUUCCUGCGCCACAUUCCUGGAAGGUCCUCUACAAAAUCGCUCAAGGCACUCGCGUUACCGUGGCUGGCUCACCCAAGAGCUGUGAUGGAGAUGUGAUGGUUCCAAUCGAACCUAAGGGCUGGAUCGACAUCGUUGACCUCAGCAUUGCGCGCAAGCCCGAGCCGCGGACCUCGCCACACGAGCCGCGGACACAAGCGGCCGAUCCACCUCCCCAGCCCCAGAAGCCCAAGACAGGUGGUGUAGCAACGGCUCCACGACCAGAUGGCGCUGAAGUUUGGACGCGAAGAAAUGAUGAGGACACACCUGAUCUACUGCGGCAAGCCUCCAAAUUGGCACAAGAUUUUGGCGAUACGGCUCAGGGAUAUGUAAAGACAGGCUAUGAUGGAUCAGCUCAAGUUGCACAGGAGGCAUACCGCAUGGCACAAGCAGCUGGAGAAAAUGCUCCAUGGCUGGCAGGUGAAGCCAUGCGGAUGGCCUCAGAAGUAGCUGGCAGAUUCUGGGAGACAGCGACGUGGGCCGUGCGCAGGUCCCCGAGCGAGAUAUCUGAGGAGUCAGAUGAGACUGAGAAGAUGACCAUCCUCACAACGAUGGGUUUCGAUCAUCAAGCGGCCGAGGCAUCUUUGAAGCGCUGCUCGAGCAUCGAGGCGGCGGUGCAGUACAUCAUGGAGAAUUCAGCUGUGAGUGCUCCAGCAUCUGGCCAUCCGGUUCUACCUUUGAAGGCGGUGGGCCAAACACUGGGCCGUGUGCCACCAGUGCCUGGAGACGCAGAGUUGCAGCGAGGCUGCCAUCAAGGCGGCAGGAAAUCGCAGUCAGUUCAAGCGGACUUGAUUCGCUGUGGCUUUUCAGAAGGCCAAGCCAAAGCAGCUGCACGGAGAUGUUCCUCCAUCGAAGCGGCAGUCGUGCCUUGGACGAAAGAUUAUGAUUCACAGAGAUCCAAAACGUUUCAGAACAAUUAUAUAACUGGAUAA